AUGAGCAAGAGAGGAGCAAGAAGUGAUAGAUCUGGACAAGAUUGGAUAAGUUUCUUACCGGAUCCUCUGCUAUGUCAGAUACUCUCUGAUCUUCCGACAAAGAAUGCUGUUAAAACCAGCAUUUUGUCAACUAGAUGGAGAAAUCUUUGGCUUUCGGUUCCUCUCUUGGAUUUAAGCAUCGAUGAUUUCCCUGAUCACACUACCUUCUCGAGCUUCGUCUCCAGGUUUCUAGAUGCGUCUAAAGACUCGUGUCCUUACACAAGCUCAAGCUUGCUUACAAGAGGCAAGAUGGUGAUUGCUCUUCAAUCACUUCGUGGAUCGAAAAUGCGACAUUGCGUAAGAUCCAAGUUCUUGACGUCGACUGUCGUAUGA